AUGACCAACUGCGAACUGUUGAUACGCUAUUUACCAUCAAUUGCAUCUGCAAGUGAUAUUAAAGAAUUGUUAUCCAAUUUUGGUGCUACACAUGUCCAUUACUUUGGCCAACAUGGUAAAAUGAAAAAUUGUGCUAUUGCCAAAUUCGAUAACGAAAAUACUGCUAAGCAGGCCCUGCAACGACUUCAUCAGUUGCAGAUUUUCGACCAAAGAUUAGUAGCCGUUUAUACUACAGAAAAGGCUAGGAGCAAUAUAAAAUCAAGCAAAGAAUCUGUUAGUGAUCUCGAUAGCGAUGAUGACAAACACAGUAAUACCAAAUCUUCCCGAAAUUCAAAGACUCAAGAUCUAUCCAAAUCAUUGCCUCCUGUAGCUGCUAAUCUAGGAUUGAACUAUCCUUCUCCACCAGACCUACAUUACUUAUACCCCGAAGCAAACAUUAUGAUAUUGACUAACAUUGUUAAUGCUAUGCUAGCAGUACCUAAAUUCUAUACUCAAGUUUUACAUUUGAUGAAUAGAAUGAAUUUGCCUCCACCAUUUGCAUUUCCAACGCCAACCCCUCCUAUGAAAUCAAAACUAAACCAAGCGGUGGCUAAUCAGAAAGAAAAAAAUUCGUUACCAAUAUCUAGCGAAGAAUCGGAAAUUGAAAGCGAAGAUAACGAAAGUUUAGCAACAAACGUAACCUCCAGAAAAAGAUCACGUACCGGUAGUAAACCUGCAAACUUCAGCAAACAGUUGAAACUACCUAAAAUCAAUCAAGCAACUGUGCUCCCAGCAUCUAAUAAUAAAUCUUAUGAUGAACAAUAUAAAGUAUUGUCAACGGUUGACGAAGUUUUUGAAAAUUUUGAUAAAGAAAAACGUAGUAUUACAGAAUUUAGCUUGCAAGAUGCUAUACAAAAUGCCUACAAUAGAAAUUUAGGAGAAAAACUUGAGUUGGCGGGAACUUUAGCAUCAGAAAGUGGUGCAGGCUUUGGAACAUUUGCUCCGAUCGUACCCAUCACUGAAUAUACUUCCAAUGUCGAAGACGAUAUGAAUGAUUCUAUACGACUUGAAGACCUAAGAGCUAACCGAAUGUCUAAAAUAGAACUUCAAAAGUUAUCAGUAUAUCAAAAUUACGAACGUAAAGAACCCACAGGUCGAUUAUAUAUUAAGAAUUUGUCUGAUAAGGUCAAAGAAUCGGAUUUGAUAUAUAUUUAUAGCCGAUUCAUCAAUAAAGAUGACAACAGCCACCUAGACCGAUUUGAUGUUAGAUUAUUGACACGGGGUCGGAUGAAGGGCCAAGCGUUUGUAAACCUGCCAGACGAAGUUGUUGCCACAGAAGCUGUCAAUGAGACCCAUGGUUAUGUAUUACAUGGCAAACCGAUGAUAGUAGAUUUUGCUCAAUCAGCCAAAAAGAAAGAUUAA